ACGUAAGAAGCCCACACAUAUUGAAGUCCGCACGCAAGAAGCAGCAGCAAAAGAGGAGAAAAAUAAUAGCAAACAAAAUUCCGUGAAAAGCUCAUUUUAAGCAAGUUCCAAGCGUGAGACAGUUCCGGUGUGAGUAGAAGGACAAGAAGAAAAACUACAAGAUGACCGAUUCAAAGUAUUUUACGACCACCAAAAAGGGCGAAAUAUUCGAGCUGAAAUCGGAGCUGAACAAUGACAAGAAAGAGAAGAAGAAGGAGGCGGUCAAGAAGGUAAUUGCCAGCAUGACCGUUGGCAAGGAUGUCUCCGCUUUAUUUCCGGAUGUGGUCAACUGCAUGCAGACGGACAAUCUGGAGCUGAAGAAGCUGGUCUAUUUGUAUCUGAUGAAUUAUGCCAAAUCGCAGCCGGACAUGGCCAUCAUGGCGGUGAAUACGUUCGUCAAGGAUUGCGAGGACUCAAACCCGUUGAUACGCGCCUUGGCUGUGCGCACCAUGGGCUGCAUUCGUGUGGACAAGAUAACCGAAUAUCUGUGCGAACCGUUGCGCAAGUGCCUCAAGGAUGAGGAUCCGUAUGUGCGAAAAACGGCCGCCGUUUGUGUGGCCAAACUGUAUGAUAUAUCGGCAACAAUGGUAGAGGAUCAGGGCUUUCUCGAUCAGCUGAAGGAUCUGCUAUCCGACUCGAAUCCCAUGGUGGUGGCCAAUGCCGUUGCCGCGCUUAGCGAAAUCAACGAGGCCAGCCAAUCGGGCCAGCCGCUGGUCGAGAUGAAUUCGGUGACCAUCAACAAGCUGCUGACGGCGCUCAACGAGUGCACCGAAUGGGGUCAGGUCUUCAUACUGGACUCGCUGGCCAACUACAGUCCCAAGGAUGAGCGCGAGGCGCAGUCCAUUUGCGAACGCAUCACACCGCGCCUGGCCCAUGCCAAUGCCGCGGUCGUCCUGAGUGCCGUCAAGGUGUUAAUGAAGCUGCUCGAGAUGCUGUCCAGUGAUAGCGAUUUUUGUGCCACUCUCACCAAGAAGCUGGCGCCGCCGCUGGUCACGCUGCUCUCCUCCGAGCCGGAGGUGCAGUAUGUCGCGUUGCGUAACAUCAACUUGAUUGUCCAGAAGCGUCCGGACAUACUUAAGCACGAGAUGAAGGUGUUCUUUGUCAAGUACAAUGAUCCCAUCUAUGUGAAGCUCGAGAAACUGGACAUUAUGAUACGUCUGGCCAAUCAGAGCAACAUUGCCCAGGUCCUAAGUGAGCUGAAGGAGUACGCCACCGAGGUGGAUGUGGAUUUUGUGCGUAAAGCUGUGCGCGCCAUCGGACGUUGCGCCAUUAAAGUGGAGCCAUCGGCGGAGCGUUGUGUCUCCACGCUGUUGGAUCUCAUCCAGACGAAGGUCAACUAUGUCGUUCAGGAGGCAAUUGUUGUCAUCAAGGACAUCUUCCGCAAGUAUCCCAAUAAAUAUGAGAGCAUCAUUAGCACAUUGUGCGAGAAUCUGGACACGCUCGAUGAGCCGGAGGCGCGUGCUUCGAUGGUCUGGAUCAUUGGCGAGUAUGCGGAGCGCAUUGACAAUGCCGAUGAGCUGCUCGACAGCUUCCUGGAGGGCUUCCAGGAUGAGAAUGCACAGGUGCAGCUGCAGCUAUUGACCGCUGUGGUGAAACUCUUCCUUAAGCGGCCAUCAGACACACAGGAGCUGGUGCAGCAUGUCCUGUCGCUGGCCACCCAGGAUUCGGACAACCCGGACUUGCGCGAUCGCGGCUUCAUCUAUUGGCGUCUGCUCUCAACCGAUCCGGCCGCCGCCAAGGAGGUGGUGCUGGCCGACAAGCCGCUCAUAUCAGAGGAAACCGAUCUGCUGGAGCCGACGCUCCUGGAUGAGCUCAUCUGUCACAUCAGCUCGCUGGCCAGUGUCUACCAUAAGCCGCCCACAGCCUUUGUGGAGGGACGCGGCGCCGGCGUACGCAAAUCUCUGCCAAAUCGCGCCGCUGGCGCUGGCAGCACUGGUGCCGAGCAAACCGAAAGCGGCGCCGGCUCCGAGGCCACGGUCAUACCCAAUCAGGAGUCGCUCAUCGGUGAUCUACUCUCCAUGGAUAUCAAUGCGCCCACCAUGCCCGCUGCGCCCGCCACCACCACCAGCAAUGUGGAUCUGCUUGGCGGCGGCCUGGACAUACUGCUGGGCGGUCCGCCAGCGGCAACAGAUGCCGCGCCCGGUGGCGCCACAAGUCUGCUGGGCGACAUCUUUGGCCUGGCCGGCACCUCGCUGUCCGUGGGCGUGCAAAUACCAAAGGUCACCUGGCUGCCGGCGGAGAAGGGCAAAGGCCUCGAGAUCCAGGGCACAUUCUCGCGCCGCAACGGCGAAAUCUACAUGGACAUGACCCUGACCAACAAGGCCAUGCAGCCGAUGACCAAUUUUGCCAUACAGCUAAACAAGAACAGUUUCGGCCUGGUGCCCGGAUCACCUCUGCAGGCGCCACCAUUGCCGCCAAAUCAGAGCACCGAAAUAAGCCUAGCGCUGGGCACCAGCGGACCCAUUCAGCGCAUGGAGCCGCUCAACAAUCUGCAGGUGGCCGUUAAGAAUAACAUUGAUAUCUUCUACUUUGCCUGCCUGGUGCAUGGCAAUGUGCUGUUCGCCGAGGAUGGGCAGCUGGACAAGCGCGUGUUCCUCAACACCUGGAAGGAGAUACCCGCCGCCAAUGAGCUGCAAUAUAGCUUGAGCGGCGUCAUCGGCACCACCGAUGGCAUCGCCUCCAAAAUGACCACAAAUAAUAUAUUCACAAUUGCCAAGCGCAAUGUCGAGGGCCAGGACAUGCUCUAUCAGUCCCUUAAGCUGACCAACAACAUUUGGGUGCUGCUCGAGCUGAAGCUGCAGCCGGGCAAUCCCGAUGCGACGCUCAGCCUCAAGUCCCGCUCCGUCGAGGUGGCCAACAUCAUAUUCGCCGCCUACGAGGCCAUCAUACGCUCACCCUAAAUGGACACAAGAGGCAACAGGAGCAACAACAACAACAACAACAACAAUUCGGGUUGAAAUUAUAAAACUUUAUGUAGUUAUUUGAAUAUUACGCGUUAAAUGAAAAAUCCUCAAGUACGCAAACCUUGAGGUGUAUUAUUAUUAAUAUUAUCUAUUUUACAAUUAUAUAUACAUAAUACAUACACACAUAUAUAUAUAUAUAUAUUAUAUGUGUGCAUAACUGGAGCACAUUAUAAAACGCUGCCCGAAUCCAAAAACCAAAUCGACGUUGGACGCAUUCCAAAAAAAAAAAAAAAAAGUAAGAGAGAGGAAA